UGAUUCUGAUGAAGAAGAGUCAGAUAGAGAGGUUGAGGAAAUGCAAGACAGGUAAAGUGGCUGUCAUCAAUUGAAAAAAAAAAAGGAAAAGUGGGGGAGAAAGAAAGGGUUGGAAUUCUUUUACUGACCGGGCAUUUUAUUAUACAAUUUCCAAUUUUUCUUUUCGCUGCUUGUGGGUUACAGUUACUUGAAGCACAGGGCACAAUUACUAUCCGAAACUGAGCUCCGAAGCCUUUUUACAAUACCUUUCAUAACACCUUUGAACAUGAUCAAUUUACAAACUACCCGUUCAUUGACAAACAAUAACUCAACAACACCUUCAUCAAGUACAUCUCUCAUAAACAAUAAUGCUCGUCCUAACAGUAACAACAGCCCUCAUCCUUCCACAUCUACUCCCUCCAACACAACUUAUCCUCUUUUGAACGCAACGAACAACAAUACAGCAUUUACAAUGGCCUCAUCUUCACAACGCUUAUCGAUCGCUACAGGUGCAGUCAAUAUUGAUAAAAGUACCAACAAAUCGCCUAUUGCUUCGCCACACAUGAUCAAGAAACAAAUCAGCCGUUCUCGUAUGACACCACAACAAGCGGCUGUCGCUAUGGCCAAUGAUAUGAUUGCAGCCAAUAUUAACGCUGCCGUUUCAGCUGCUGCAUCUCAACCUUCUGCAUCUUCAUCACCCGUCUCACCCAAUACGAAUCGAAAUCCCAUGGCCCUCGUUGCCGCUGCUGCCGUUGCUCAUAAGCAGCAGCAGCAGCAACAGCAAACCACUUCAGUGAAUGGUGGGGUGUAAGCUUUGACCUUUUUCUUUCACAAAAUACAUAUUAGCAUAACCAUCCGAAAAAAAUCAGUCCCCGUAUCACACAUUCGCUUUCCCUUCCCUCCUCCCCCCUCCUAACAUACAUUCAUCUCUCCGACUUCCUUCUAUUUGCUUUUGUACAGAAAAUUGAACAAAAAACCAUUAUGUACAUUUCUUUUUCACGCCAAUACUACCUCCAUUAUACUUAUUGAUAUUGUGCCCUCUUUCCUUAUUUAAAUCUC